CUGAAAUGAACAGGAAGAAGAACCGGAAGUAAAUGUGUCGCUCCUGCUAAAGCUACGUUGGUGUAAACGUCGUAUCUGUUCGACAACAAAAUUAACAGAUUCUUUCGGGUCAGCGUUGAACAGAUUUUUUUUUCUUUUUGGGGUCUUUGGAGAGUAACAGCUCAGUGUCCAAAUACCCCGUGAUGUCCACUUAAAGACUUGAGAUGAACAACGCAGGGAAUAAGAGAGCUCCAACUACAGCCACUCAGCGACUUAAGCAGGAUUACCUCAGGAUAAAAAAAGACCCAGUGCCUUACAUCUGUGCAGAACCUCUUCCCUCCAACAUCUUAGAAUGGCACUAUGUCGUCAGAGGGCCUGAAAAAACGCCUUAUGAAGGAGGGUAUUAUCACGGAAAACUCAUAUUUCCAAGAGAGUUUCCUUUUAAACCUCCCAGUAUCUAUAUGAUCACACCGAACGGGAGAUUCAAGUGUAACACAAGGUUAUGUUUGUCCAUCACAGACUUCCACCCGGACACGUGGAACCCCGCCUGGUCUGUGUCCACAAUCCUAACAGGUUUGCUGAGCUUCAUGGUAGAAAAAGGACCAACCCUCGGGAGCAUUGAAACCUCAGACUACACGAAAAGACAGCUGUCGGCCCAAAGCCUGGCCUUCAACCUCAAAGACAAAGUAUUCUGCGAGCUGUUUCCUGAUGUAGUUGAUGAGAUCAAGCAGAAGCAGAAGGUCCAGGAGGAGCUGAGCGCCCGGACGCAGCCCCUCCCCUUACCCGACGUGGUGCCAGACGGCGACCCUCAACAGGCCCACUACGGCCUCGCCGCCAUCAACGGAGGACCGGCCCCGGUGGGGGGCGCCAACCCCGCCCCGGGGCUGCAGCAGCCCAAUCGCAACCACGGACUUCUGGGCGGAGCUUUAGCGAACCUGUUUGUGAUCGUGGGCUUCGCCGCGUUCGCCUACACAGUCAAGUACGUUCUGAGGAGCAUAGCCCAGGAGUGAAGGACACGGCGGCGGCCCCCCUCCCUGUCAGGCAAGCCCCCCGCCACCUCCAAUGAACUGAAACUUUACAAACAUACUACAUGGGGAAGGAAGUUCACAACAAACACCACGGACCGCCGGAGAAGUCGCAUCGCCCCCCCCGGGAAGGACUGGGAGUGGGACUGUGAUCGACUAUUAAAACGGAUUUGAUCCACUUUGUGAUUGAGUGGUUUGGAAUUGGCUCGUGGGUUGUGAAGGUUUUGCGACAGCGGUUCGUUUGUUCGUCUGCGGCACAAGCUGUGGUUCUGAAAGCUGCUGAUCUUCUGGGAGGAGAAGAUUCUGUUCUCCUCACCAAAACAGGUUUCUCUCUUUCUAUUGGCUGAUCCUGUGCAGGACGUGUGGAAUUCUCUCCUUUGUGCUCAGUCAAAGCAGGUUGAAGCAUCAGAGCAGCGACACAAUAAAGCCGUUUGUUUCUGG